ACUACUUUCACCUUCAUCCAGCUGCAUGUUACACAGAACUUAAGAUUUUCUUUUGAAGUUAAGGAAAAAAUCAUGUUUUUAGUUUAAUUAUAAAGUGUUUUUGUUUGUAACCACUUGAUGCAUACAUUAAAAACCGUUCGUUAGUGAUUGUUUCCCACUGAACUUAGGUGAACUAGACGGUAACAAAGUCCAAUUAUCGAUUAUAUAACGUGUUUAUGCUGAUACAUCAUAAAAACUUUUGAAAACAUUUGUAAAUUUUUACAUCAUUUCAAAUAUGAAACCAAUUAAUGUAGGUGUUCUUUCUAAAAUCCCAAACCUAUUGCGAGAACUGCAAGUGAAACUAACCUCUGAUUCACUAUUAAACCUAGCAAGAGUUACUGCAAUUAACAACUGUGGAAAUUCCAAAAAUGAUUUUAAAGAUAUAGACGUAAUUGUUGCUGAUUAUGAUUUAGUAGGGCCGCAUUUAUACACCUUGGAAAAUGUUAAGUUUAUACAAGGUACCUGGGCGGGUAUUGAUGCUUUACUUCCGCAUAUUAAACCGGAAUUGAAAUUAAAUGUACCGAUAUUUCGGUUUUCCGGCAACCAUUUUGGAAAAAUCAUUUCCGAGUAUGUUGUUGCAUGCAUUGUUAAUCACGAAAGGGACUUUUUUAAAGUGCAUGAUAAUCAAUGCGGGAAGAAAUGGUCACAAGAAGGGAAAAUUCACACUUACAGAACAAUUUAUGAUAUGACCAUUGGUGUGAUGGGUGUGGGCCAAAUUGGCAGUAGAUUGAUACAGACUUUAAAAUUUAUGGGUGCCAAUGUCCGUGCUCUUGGUCGUCGGUCUACUAUUGAUAAGAAUGAAUUUCAUUUCGUUGAUGAAUAUUUCCAAUCAACUGAGUUGAGUGCAUUCCUGGGAAAAUGUGAUUAUAUCGUUAAUACUUUGCCGAAUACAGCAGAAACACGAGGGUUGCUUAAUCAUCCAAAGUUAGAAGCUUGCAGAGAUAAAAGUCCUGUUUUUAUUAACGUCGGUCGAGGAGGAAUCAUCUCCGAUGAAUCUUUAUUCCAAGCAAUAGAUAACAAUUUGUUGUCACACGCGUAUUUAGACGUUUUCAAUCAAGAACCGUUGCCGGAACAACAUUUAUUUUGGACAUCACCAAUGAUUAAAAUUACUCCACAUGUGGCAGCUACGAGUCGACCACAAGACAUCGCCGAGCAAUUCAUAGAAAACUUUAACUUAUUUCAUAAAAAUGAAGUUGUGCCUUCCAUGUUAGAUUUUUCUAAGGGAUAUUAAUUGAUGUACAAAAUAUAUUUUUAUAUCUCCAA